AUGUCUAGAGAAUCAUUGAUAACAAAAUAUUUCAAGGAAGGUUUCACAUAUAAUGAGAUAUAUCACAAUAUUUCAAUCUCUCGUCGACACCUCAUUCGAAUUCUUCAAAAGCUUGGACUGAAGCGUAAGGGAAUCGUUGAAGAUUCUUUAGAAUCUAUCUGUACGGCAGUGAUUGAUGAAAUUUUUAGUGGUGGCUCUUGUAUUGGCUACAAAAGAAUGUGGCAACGUUUAAGGCUAAUUUAUGGCUUAAAAGUAAAAAGGAUUGAAGCCCUUCAACAAAGUUUACGAUUUUACCAUGAUGAUAGUCUAUCAGGUUGGAAAAGCUUCAUCAAAGGUAAAAGCACGUCUAAUCAGCGGAUAGAGAGUUAUUGGUCUCAGCUUAGGCGUCAUGGUUUAGAUUUUUGGAUUAAUUUAUUUAAAGACUUACGUGAGAGAGAUUUUUACAACGAUUCAUCUAUGAUACAUGUCGAGUGUUUACGAUUUUGCUUUGGGCACUUAAUUAGAGCUGAAUUGGAAACAAUUCGCCACGAGUGGAAUCGGCAUAGAAUAAGAAAACAAAAAAACCGUCAUAUAGCUCCGGGGAAACCAAAUUGUUUAUAUUACCUUCCUGAAGUUAUUGGGGCCAAAAAUUACAUGAAACCAGUCAAUGAGCAUGCAAUUGAUAUUCUGAAACAAGACUACACUUUGAAGCCUAAACUAUACAAUGAAAUAUUUUGUCAAUUAGUUAAAGUAUUGAUACCUGAUAUACAAGUACCUCUGAAUGUUGAAGAAAGUGUUGAACUUUAUUUACGAAUUUUAAAUUUAUUAAAAGUUUAUACAUAG